AUGGAUGGUGAUCUCAGUCUCUCACAGUCCUUCGGCGGGCUACGCAUAGCCAACCCGGAUAAUGCCUCUACAAAUACAUCGGAAGGGCCUUCCGUCUCCUCUAUAAUAUUACCGUCUGGAGAACAGGACACUUCUGAAGCAGCCGACGGACCUCAGUCAACCCAGAUCGAUGAUCAGUCAGUAGGAGGAGCAUCACCUAGCCCCGCACACUACGCAUCAUCGUCGCAUACGGAUCUUCAAGAUCGAAUUAGAAAUUCACCGCCGCAGCCCUCCCCCGGCCUACCACCCAACAUGGGCCAUCAUUCCGCUCGUCAAUCAGUAUCACUUCCGCCUAACCACCAGGCUUCCUCGUCGCGCGGUGCCCCUUAUCGACUUCGAACCGAUUCGUCCGCCUCUGCCACAGAACACCCAUCCAGAAUAGAUUCUCGUGGUGGAUCAGCGGCUCUUCAAGCCGGCGUGCUCCCACGGGAUGAAGGCCACACCGAUAGGUCCUAUGCUCCAACAAAGGGCUUCGUUGGGGGAGCACCCCUACCACCCAGGCAAAGCUCUCGCAGGGCACCAAAUACCUCUAUACCACAUGUCUCAUCCUCGUAUGGAAACGAGAACGCUCCGCUAAAUAGCUCGGAAGAAUGGCAGGAACGUGGGGCCGCCGUGGGUGUGCACCAGGACAUCGAUGCGAGCGGGAAACCAGUUGCCAGGUACGUGAAAAAAGGGGUCAGAGACUUCGUGUUUGGCCGCACGCUGGGCGAAGGCUCCUACAGCCAAGUUGUAGCAGCCACGGACCGUCAGACCCUCAAGGAAUAUGCGAUCAAAGUCCUUGACAAACGACAUAUAAUAAAGGAAAAGAAGGUGAAGUAUGUAAACAUUGAAAAGGAUACACUCAAUCGCCUAACAGAUCAUCCUGGAGUUGUUCGGUUAUACUACACCUUUCAGGAUGAACGAUCGCUAUACUUUGUCUUGGACCUCGCCGGGAGCGGCGAACUCCUUGGUGUUCUCAAGAGGAUGGGGACGUUUGACGAAGAAUGUACCAGGUUCUACGGAGCGCAGAUUUUGGAUACAAUUGGAUACAUGCACCGGCGGGGGGUCAUCCAUAGGGAUCUCAAGCCAGAGAAUGUCCUUUUGGAUAACCAGAUGCAUGUAAAAAUCACCGACUUCGGAACUGCAAAGAUACUCAGUAUGCCAUCUCAAAAGGAUGGGGGAAAUGCCGGUGGAAUUCCUUCCAUGGACUCGCCUGAGAACGAUAGGGCAAGAUCCUUCGUCGGCACCGCGGAGUACGUCAGUCCUGAGCUCCUCACGAACAAAAGUGCGUGUAAAGCCAGUGAUCUAUGGGCAUUCGGGUGUAUCAUCUUUCAGCUACUGGCCGGGAGACCACCGUUCAAGGCCACCAACGAGUACCUCACCUUCCAGAAGAUUGUGGCCCUCGAUUACGAGUUUCCAAAGGGCUUCCCACCCACCGCCCGGGACCUGGUUGAGAGGCUGCUGGUUCACGAUCCCGCCACUAGGCUGCAGAUUGAACAUAUUAAAAACCACGAGUUCUUUGACGGAAUAGUAUGGGGUCGGGAUCUGUGGAAACAGAAGCCACCCAGACUAAGGGCAUACACGCCCCCGACAGAACCCAUCAAGCUAAAUGGUCCAGACAAUGACGACAGUUUCCCUCCAAAUAUCAAUAUGAAACCUUCCGCAGGCUUCCAAGGCUCUUCUACGCCGCAGAACAGGUCAUACCCCCCAGUUAUCACUGAGCUGCCUCCACCCUCGCAACUCGACAUUGAAUGGUCCCCUGUCCUGACCCGAACUAACGAGCGUAUAUUAAAGCUGGGAAACCUAACUGUAUCCACAUCCUCGGCACCUCGUUCUCAAAAUAAGAACGGCAAUGGGGAUGGCGAUACCCCGAAGAAGUUAUCCCGUUUCUUCGGAGGAUCCACAACUAAAAAGCGCCAACGCCUAGUCCUAGUUACUUCCGCUGGCAGGGUGAUCAUCGUACCGGCGGGUGGCGAGGAUAAACGGCCAAAGAUGGAUCUCUUACUUCUUCACCCAGAAACACAGUACCGGAGUGUGACUGACGCCAAGGGGUUUUCGUCCUGGGUAAUAGACACGGUUAGUAGACAGGAACCAAUUAAAUCAUCAGCCAUUGGGAAUCCCUUUACUAACGUCGCUAAAUUCUGUUCUCCCCAGCGCGAUAAGCAUCAUGUCUUUGACGAGACUAAGCCAAGCAGUGACGCAGCGGCUUCGGCCGUUGCCACGCAGGAGUGGUUGGACGUAUUAGACCGUGCAAAGGAGCUGGCAUCAUUCUACUCCACCCCCAACUCCUACGCGGGCGACGACGGGUUUAGGGAUCUAUCUUCAGGCGUUUCAAGCCAUGCCAACACGCUAAAUCAUACCGAUGAUCCACCGACAGGCCAAUAUGCUCAAUCAAGCGGCAGGAAUGCGCUUUCAAAACACCAGCCGUCUCCAGAGGGCGAUUCGAAAUCAAAGAAACGAUUUAGCCGUCGACACUCCAGGAAUGGCCUCUCUGCCGUGUUCUGA